UUAAACUGUCUAACUGUAAAAUCAGAACAAUGUACAUCCAUGACAGGCAAUAUUGAUUUGAAAUGCCGACUUAUAAUUUAAGUAAUAACGAAAUUACUUGCGAUCACAAACUUCAACAAUUCGUUUUUGCCCUUAAGUCAAAUAUAGAAGUGGCAAAGGAAAUGUUUCCAAAUAUAGAGAAGAUGAAAUGUUACGGAGAAGAAAGAAAUUUGCUGGAUAAUACAUCUUUCGUAGUCAUAGGAAAUUAUUGUCCGAUGUAUUGCGACUGUUUUAUCCAACAAAAUCACGUGAUGGUCAAUUGUUCCGGAAAGGGAAUCGACAGAGUACCCGAAGUGGUCCUCCCAAAUACGACGAUUGUCGAUUUGAGUAAUAAUUAUAUAAAGGAUUUGUCAGAUAUCGAUUCUGUGACGUGGAAAAACGUCACCCGUCUACGUCUAAGUAAUAAUUCUUUAAGUGAUAUUUCGGAUUAUGUUCUUUUGCCAAACCUCAAAUACCUGACGUUAGACGGAAUCCGGUUAACCGAAUUACCUUCAGGACUAAUGAACCUGAUCGACGUUUCUUCGGAAUUUAAGCUUUACUUAUCGAGAAACAAUUGGACUUGCGAUUGUCAUUCACAAUUUACUAAGGACUGGUUACUUAGAAACAGACAGAAGAUUGCAGAUUUCUCCGAUGUUUACUGCACGAGAAAUUCGUCUUCUCUGCCUUUCACCGAAAUUGUUUCUAUUGAUCGAUGCACACAAAUUUUAGAAGAUAAUUUGGCUUCAUCAGUAAAUGUUUCGUGUACAAAAUGCGUGUUUUCCGACGAAGUUAAUUCUGUUUUAGGAUGGAAAAUAGCAGUGGCUAUUCUUACUUCGCUAAUGUUAUUAGGUGUGUUUAUUGUUGUUUCUAUUGUUUAUUGCAGCAGAAAAGGAAAUGUCGAGAAAGUGCCAGACACUAAAGAAGAAGUGAUUCAUUACAAUGUUUACACUUGUCGAAUUGUGUAAUUACCACAGUUCAAAUAUAUCUUUUAUUAAUUUAAUUACUACU